AUGCUGCUGCUGCUGCUGCUGCUGCUGCUUCAGCUGCUGCUGCAUGCAGCCGUUGGCACAUUUGUGCUUCGUCCAGCACCUUCAAUCGUACCUAAUCGCUGCAGCAGCAGCAGCAGCAGCAGCUCGUGCAGCAGGAGCAGCAGCAGCAGAAGAGCAGCAGAUUCGUCUUUUGGAGUUCCAAAGACAUUAGCAUUCCUUCCUGCUGCUGUACCGAGCUGCAGCAGCAGCAUUAGCAGCAAAAGGCACAGCAGCAGCAGCAGGGUCUUGCGUUCAGCAGCAGCAGCAGCACAUGGCUGCGAUACCUCCACAUCAUCUGGGGAACAGCAGCAACAGCAGCAACAGCAUCAGCAGCAGCAGCAGCAGGAUGUGCAGCUAGCGCAGCAGCAGCGGGAGCGGCUAGCAUCUUGGGGUCGCUCCAGUUUGUUCAGCAGCAGCAGCAGCAGCAGCAGCAGCAGCAGCAGCAACGGUUGCUUGCAGCUGCAGCUGGUGCCACCUAUUUCUGUAGUUGCCGGCAGUAGCGACCCGGCUGCUCCUGGAGCAGCAACAGCAGCAGCAGCAACAACAACAGCAAAGUGUAUGUACACCCGAACUCUUGUAGGGAUAUUUGGCCGUCUUGCUGAGCAUGCAGCGCAGCAGAGUUGGGGUCUUGCUGCUUCUCAUCAUUUUGCUGUUCGUGGUGCUGCUGCUGCUGCUGCAGCUGCUGCUGCACCUAUAGUUGCAGCAGCUGCUGCAGCAAAGACAGAUGCAGCAGCAGCAAAGAUAGGAAACCCUGCUGCAGGCAGCAGCAGAGACAGAAGAAGCAGGACACCAUGGUAUGGUUUGCUGCUGCUGAAGUCAGCUCUGCUGCAGCGGCAGAGGAGACAGCAGCAGCAGCAGCAGCAGCCGAGGCAGCAGCAGCAGCUGGAUUUCUCUAAGAUCCCUCCUUGGCUGCUGCAGUCAGCUGCUGCUGUGUUGCGCUGCAACAAUCCUCCUGCUGCGCUGCUGCAGCAGCUGCAUGCGUUAUGUUCCUUAGAUUCUCCUCCUACGGAGCAGCAGCUGUUGCAGCAGCAGCAGCAGGCACGGGUGCAUGCAGCAGAAGCAGCAAGAGACAGGCGCCUAUUUCGCCGUAUGGACUAUCAGCUGCAGCAGCUGCUGCAGCAAGUUCGGGUGUAUAGGCAGGAGUGGCUGCUGCUGCUGCCGCUGCUGCCCUUCUGCUGCCCCUACGAAGCAAUGGAGUGUAUCCUCACCUCUAACGAGAGAGUUGCAUUUGUGUCUCUCUCUGGUGCAGCAGCAGCAGCUGCUGCUGCUGUGGCUGCAGCAGCAGCAAAAGCUGACGCAGAAGCAGCAGCAGCUGCUGCAGCUGCAGCAGCAAAUAAUAACCCCACAACCAUGCAGAGGGCUGUACAGACACUCGGAAGGUCAGGGGCGUUUGCUGCUCUUGCUGCUGCUGCAGUUGACCAGCAGCAGCAGAUACGAACGGGAAAAACAGCAGCAGCAGCAGCAGGUGCAGCAGCAGCUGACAUGGCAAUCCUCCCACCAGUGGAUCCUGCCACACUCCUGCAGCAGCAACUGCAGCAGCAGCAGCAGCAGCAGCAAGUGCAACAGAGUGCGGCGUCCCCAAUCUCCCUCCCGCUGCUGCACCUACACCAGCAGCUACGGGUGAGGCAGCAUCUGCUGCAGCAGUUCAACAGCAGCAGCAACAGCAGCGGACUGGGUGCAGCAACUAAUGAGGAAGGAACUGCAUCAUCAUCAAAGGAAACAGCAGCAGCAACAGCAGCAGCAACAGCAGCAGCAGCAGCAGCAGCAGCAGCAAAGCCGCCGCGCUCCAGCGACUGGCAAACAGUUUGGCUGCAGCAGCUGAAUGCAACAUUUGAGAAGGAGCUCGUCGUAGAGACAGCAGCAGCAGCUGCUGCUGCUGCUGCUGCAGGUACAGCAGCAGAAGCAGCAGCAGCAGCAGCAAAUGCUAGCAGCACCAUGUGCCCAGCUGUAGCAGCUGCCAUUAAUGAUUUCUUUGAUUGGCUUGCGGAGUCGCCGCAGCAGCCACAGCAGCAGCAGCAGCAGCAACAGCAGCAACAGCAGCAGCAGCAGCAGCAGCAAGACAGCAGGUAUAUAUCAUAUAGAAGCAUUAGGGAGAAAUUGCUGCAUGCAGUUGAUGGGGAGCCUGACGAGACACUCUUCUUAGAAGACGCGAUCCGCUGUCUCUGUAGCAGCAGCAGCAGCAACAACAACAGCAGCAGCAGCAACAACAGCAGCAGCAGCAGCAGCAACAACAGGUAA